ACAAUAAGCUGAACUAUCAAGUUGCGCUAAUACGCCCAUUACAGAUAUUAGAUAUCUCUUUGUAACACCCCUUACGCGUAGGGGGGAGCGAAUUAAAGGACUUAGUUAAGCCAUCAAUCUAUAAGUUUAUUAGUUGCCGGCACAUACCUGAUUAUCUUGAUACGCACAGAUGCGAGGUCCCGAUGUCUCCAUCAACUUAUUCCUCUUACUUUUCCUUUUCGUGAAUCCUUGCCGGGGAAGAUCUUUUGAGUGAUUCGUGGGGAGACAUCGAAGUGUUGGGGUAGCUGCGGUAUUUAAUAGAUAAAGUCGGUCCUACCGUCGAGAAGCAGCUAGCCAUGCCAGCAUCGUCAACGUCCCUCAUCCCGACUCCUAGAAAAAGCGCCAUCGACAUGCCAUCACCGAAGCUCCACCAGCACCAGCAGCAACGGAACACGAAGAACCUGGGACUUCGGCUGGGCGCAGACUUGAUGAGCGCUUCCUGUGCCGCGUCGAUGGUCGCACCUCUAAUAGCCGUGAUUGAUAGAUCGAUAAUGGAAAACGCGUCCGGCCGAAGCACCGUCUCCAACAGCCUCAAAUCCUCCUUCCGAACGCUUCUCCUACGCCCCCACGCUCUAAUCUUCUCGAAGCCCGUCGCCCUGAUCUUCAUGGUAUACGGGGGCACCUACCUAACCGCGAACACGCUUGACACAGCGACAUCCACAGCCCGCAACCAGCCCGCGACCCACGUAACAACAGGAACUCCCAAAUUCGCCGCCUCGAGCGCCGCCAACGUCGGGCUCUGUGUGUACAAGGACCAGUUCUUCGUCAAAUUAUUCGGUCCCAGUGGACCUCCACGCCCAGUCCCGCUGCCAAGCUACCUCCUCUUCACAAUGCGCGACUGCCUGACCAUCUUCGCCUCGUUCAACGUGCCGCCGCUGCUCGGGCCAAUACUGACGGAGCGCAUGAAGCCCGCGUGGCAGAAGACGGUAAGCGGGACUACGGUCGCACAGUUCGCCGCACCGGCCGCGGUGCAGAUUCUCUCGACACCGGUACAUCUACUCGGGUUGGAUAUGUUCAACCGGCCAGCGACGGGGGGUCGCGGGGUUCCUUGGGGCGAUCGAUGGACGCAGGUCUGGAAGAACUGGGCGGUGAGCACGGCGGCGAGGAUAUGUAGGAUAGUCCCGGCGUUUGGGCUUGGUGGGACAGUUAAUACGAAGGUGCGGAGGAAUUUAAUGGAGAGUUUGGUUUGAAAAGAAGAUGUUGGUGGCUUGUUUGAUGAUAUAUGGUACAAGGUAACACCCGGUACGAAGUGGGUUUGGGACGGCGUUUCACGGAUACUGGUUAUACUGGGCGGAUAUCGAAAAGAUAUGGGAUAGGUACGGCAUGGAUAUGGUAUAUGUUGGUUUCUAAAAUGGAAAAAAAAUAUUGGUUGGCUAUAUUAGAUGGGUUGGGAUAUAUAAGAGCAAAGCAAUAAGCUCUAGGGUGGUUUACUUGGGUAUUGGCAGAAUUUGACGAUAUGAUGACACACUAUAUAAUAGAAUUUCAGGCAAGCAGGAA